GACCAGCCUUUCAAGGUCAGUUCAGCCACGUUGCACUCAAACAGAGGGCUACAUUGGUGAGUCAGAUUCUUAAAUUUUAACUCAUUUUUGAACUUGACUUUAACAGUUUAUUUGAAUCACUUUCAAUUGACAAUGUUACUUUAAAAACGAGGUUUGUAGUGCGGAACCUCCAGGCAGGCAGAUAUAAUCCAACCGCCCUUCACUGACACCGAGCCAAGAAUUUAUUUUAAUUUGUCUCUGAUAUUUGGAAAACUUAAAAAUAAGUUUUAUCAUUCUUGAACCCUUUUUUUGAAAUAGUUGCUAGAACGAGCCAUUAAGAUCUUUUAAAACAGGUUUUGACAAACAUUCUUCAACUACUAAAAAAACUUCGGAUGGCUGUUUUAAGAAAUCCGAAUCACAUGUGUUGAUGAAAAGACAUAAACCCACACAAAGUCUUACGUAAUUAUAAUAAGCCGUAGUGUUUCAGUGUCAGUUACACGCUCAAUUGAGGGAUAUUUACUAGCAAAUACUUCAGCUCCACAACGUAAAUAUCAGCGACCCAAUCAAGUACGAAAAAAUUUUCUAGGUGGCUAGGUUUUCUUAGUUAUAACAUCCGAGGACGUCACCGUUGUGCAUUCCGGCGAAACUCAAUCAUCAAACGUUGUGGCAACUUUCAAUUCUCUAUCAAUUAUGUCCUAAAGAUGCUAUUUGUUCUUAUAUCAUCUGGAUAUUUCGCACUAUUCGACUUGCGACUGGUGUGACUAUGGUUUGUUAUUAAACAGCUCUCGGUACGCGCUUGGUAUUUAUCACUCACUCUUUUUACCGAUGUCACAAAAAUAAUUUCAAUUUUAAUACUUUUUGGCAUUAAAACAAAAACACUUCUUCAUAGGUCGAUUUAUCAAACUUCAUUUAGUGAAAUGUCUAGUUUUAUAAAAACCUAAUGCAAAUUGACCCGAAAAUAUGACACCUCAAAAUGCUUUCUGCCUACCAUCCAGGAUUCUUUGUUAAAUUAAUUCAGUCCGCAUUUUCUGGGCAUUUUUGAGGUCGAUUUUUGCAUUGAAUACUUUGGCGGCUAAAUAUGUUCAGCCUGUAUAGAAAGUCCUAUAUAUUACAAUGGAUCAUUACGCUUGCUCAACUUCCGCCAGAACAUGAUGAACUUCCUAUUCAUAUCUAUCUGUCCUCUGUUUGGUUUUGGUUUAACACCAUCUAUCGAAGCUCCUCAGUUUACACAGUCAGCUACCCCUUGGGGCACUCGUAUGUAGUGAAAGAAAAUUCAUUUAUAUGUUAAUAUUUUACAGUUGAAUUCAGCGAUGGAGAACCAACAAAAAUCCAAGUUAAACAUCAAACAGCGCUUUUCCUGUGGCCUCGGGAACGUUCUCAACGAAAUUUUCCGCCAAAUGUACAUUUCUUUUUCCAUCAUAUUUUUGAUGCGAGUGAUUGGUUUAUCGGCAUCCCAAGCCGGAUUGGCUAUGCUUAUUGGACAAAUAACUGACGCCUUUACCUCUCCAAUAACUGGUUUCUUGGGCGACCGUGUGCAAAUUCCAUUUAUUUCCAAAAAGCUGGGUCGAAGGAAGUCGUGGCACUUAGUGGGAACAGUUAUGAUGGCCGGUGGACUUCCUCUUCUGUUCAAUCGGUGUUUAGUAUGCAACGAUUAUCAGGGUGUCAGUUGGUUGCAACCUUUUUACUAUUAUUGCAUCAUGGUUAUUAUCAAUGCGGCAUGCAACAUUCUGGAGAUCAAUCAUCUUUCAAUCACCUUCACUGCAGCUGGGACAGUGCAAGAAGGCGCAGCGUUAACUGCUAUAAGGUUAACAGCAAUAACACUAUUUUCUUUUGUUCACAAUUUCUUGAUUCUGAUUUUUUGGAUUCUGUGCUCUGCGUACUGAUAAUCAAUGCAGCUGAAACUGAAUGGUGCACGUUUUUGUCUCUCUUUUUUUUAUUGUUCAAACCUUUUUUUUAUUUUUUGCUUUGAAUCUUAAAUGGCACCUGAUCUGACAGGCUACAAUAACGUCAGUGAGUAAGUUCGGUUCAAGAUAUUUAAACACAGACGUGGUAUGUAGGAAUAAAGAUACCCUCAUCCCGAAUUUAUGCCGUAAGAGUCGAUCCCUUUAUUUUCUUACUCUCUUUUUUUCUGAUAUAGGACAGUCCUUAGUUUCGUUAGUGGAAUAUACGUUUAUGUGGUUGCCUGGGGACUGCUUGGUCAGGAUGGCGGAGACAAUCUGGGGCGGGAACGUGUAACACAGUUUGCGGUAGGUACAUGAAUAAAGUGACGAUAUGGAAAUUGCGUUAAUGAACAAAGCAAUCUAAUUGAUUGGAUUAAUGAUGAUGAUGAACAGAUUGAAUUCAUAAUACCGUAUUGCUCCGGCACCCAGCCAAACGCACGUUUUUUAUGGUGCCUGCAUUCUUUUUGAUUAGCGAAGCGGGUGUAAUUCAUUUUUUAAAAAACCUAAAAACUUUUUCCGAGAGUAUUCUUAGGUAUGUAUCAGCAAUAAAAGUUUGAAUUGAAAUAACACUAUAUUUAAGUUUAAAAAACUCGUAUUAAAAUUAUUUUCAAAUGUUUACAUUUCUUUCCCUUUCGACGCAGCAUCUUGUAUGGAUUGUCACUGGUACAGGAAUAGUCUUUACAGUCAUUUUCUAUAUUGGAACAAAGGAACCAGCCGUACGCCCUCUAAGAAAGAUCAGCACACUCAUGGAUCCAGUGGUAUGAAGCAACAUAAGAUAUCUAUUGCGCUGUCCUCGACGUCUAGCCAUCUUUCUCAGCCCCUGGCCAUGGACGAUUCGCAGCCACGAUUUUUAUCGCAAGGAAGCGUAGUUGUAACCUUGUUGCGAUAUUGUUUCGGAUGAUCACAACAUUGUUUCAUUGCAACGCUCGCUGUUUUGCGCUGAAAAUCGCUGUUGCGAAUCCUUCCUGUUAUAACAUCACCUUUAAUCCGGUAUUAGAUGGACUUUUCCUGCAAAUUAUGACGAUGAUGUUCUUGCAAGGUUUGUCUGAUAUGCAUGUAUCAACACAAGAGAGAAUAAUCUCUCUUAAUUCACAUUGAUUUUCAUGAGAGCUUAAGCCAUGGUUCGCCGUUUUCGUCCACCGAUUGCACCACCUCGACCGCUCAGUUGUAUCUCAUUUUAGUAGACUCCAACUAGUGGUUUAUUAUCAAUGCUGCGUUCUGAUUGGUUGAGCCACUUCUAGACUAUAUGUUAUGGCCCACUAGUAGUGACAAGCGCCGGCUUUGAAAACCAAAACAAUAGCGGCUGAAUUGUGUUUUGCUAGCUAAAGUUGUUUUGUCUCGAUAUUUUUGACCAACCAGUUGGAUUUUACUAAAACAAUUAUUCCUCUGGCCCUCAUGGCCUCUGAGUCAAUAGCCCAUUCGAGGUCGAGGAAUAAUUGUUAAAUACCUAGUGCUGUUGCAAUUUGUAGUAAUCAUCGCACUUUAUAUUACCUGUAACUAAGUCCGAUCACAUGUCACAAUUCGCCACAAAGCCGAGUCGCACUUAGUAAUUAAAAAAUGUUCACUUUGACACAUCUCCCCAGGAUGCCCAUCUCUCCUUGUUAGAAAAUAUCACCGUACAUAAAAGACUUAGAGUUUGAUAUAUUACAUCAAAUACCUACUCUUGCAUAUUGGCAAGUGUAAAUAUCUAAGUUUUUGUCACGUCGACCAUGAAUUGUUUCCAGAAGAGUUUCACAGUGAUGGCAAUUUUGUGACAUGAAUAAAUCGUUUUUAUCUUUGGCUAGAACGGUGAAGGAUUAUUUCAGGCUAGCCAGUCUGUUUAUUCAAUGGUCUUCGAACAAGUUGAUGGUGAGUUGAAUGAAAUGGAUUACUCUACCUUUAGUUCCAAUCUUUCUGCUUUACUUUCACCACGCAGUGUACGUUGAGACAUGAGCAACGUUAAUAUUAGUAUAUUGAGGUCUAAUUUGUCGUUAAAAGGAGACUUUGUCAAUGUAACGAUACCUAAGAUGGAGCUCAAACUCGUACAUCAGCAGGGCCAAUUUAUUAAAACUUUUACAAGGUAUAAUGUAAUUUACAAGUGUUGCUAUUGUUUUCAUACUAUCAAACAAUAGCUACCCUUGUAAAUUACUUUAAUUGCUUACAAUAUGAUCAUUGUUACGCGUCACAAGUAACAACCGAGUAAGGGUCUGGGCUCUUUAGUUUCUUACGUGCAGAUGCUGUGAAAGCGGCGAAAACGCUCUUCCCAUAAACCUGCCUUCUCGAUCAAUUCCUUGCGACAAGAAGUAGACGAUGAAGUCAACCAAGAAAGAAUAGCACCCAUUAUGGCCUCCUGAUCUGGAGGGAUCCUGGAAAGAAAAAGAUGUCCAAAAAAAUAUUUCGUUAACAUCACGGGCCAACAUCGGGUAAUAUUGGAAGGUAAUAUCAAGGAAAGAGAGGGGAUGUCUUUUUACCUCUUUCAGUUAAUAGGCACUCAGUAGUUGAACACGAUCUGUUUGUUGAAAAGCUCAAUACCAGUAAUAAGACGAAAGUUACUGCAGUUCCUUUUAAUAAGGUAUAGAAAAAAUUGAAUUUUUUAAAAAUAUUUCUUUUAAGAUGCCAAGAGGAAAACUUCGACCAUAGUCCACUCCCUUGUUGACAUUUUUAUGUCUUCGGUGGAAAACACGGAAGUUGUCGAUAAUAAAGCAACAACUGCUACACCAGCGUCUAAAAAGAUAAGUGUGGUACAACGAUUUGUGGAAGCUCUCUUUUCUAACGGCGAUGGAAACAGUCAUGAAGAUUCAGAAGACAAACUUCAAAUUUCUGAAGUCACAUCAGGAGCGUCAAGUAAUCAAGAAAAACCCGGAAGCGGUAUGUAAUGGUAUUUGCGUUACUGUUUUUACAUUAUCUAUGGGGGCGGGGGGGAUAGUGUUUCUGGCUUUAAAUGUAAAUAUUUAUGAUGUUUGAUGGAUGCAUCAUCAACAUUAGUUGAAUUAACCUUAAUAAACGUCAUUUCAAAAGGAAACCUCGGUUUAGUGGUGAUUAAAACCGUGUCAGCGGCCGCACUAUAAUAUUCUAUUUAACUAUCAUAAAGUACAACUCAAGUAAUCCUAGUGAGAUUUAGAAAACAUUGAAGCAAAAUUUACAAGGGAUGAGAAUCCUCAGGCGUUAUGGCAGUUCAAGCGAAAUGACGCCAUUGUACGAAUGUCAUUUCUCCUGUAGAUCUGAUAACCCACGUAGCAAGACUGGACCAGGAUCGCAAAAAGAGUCUCGUCUUUCGCUUAGUAGAUGCGCUUCUUAAUAAAGAGAGUCAAAGACAACCAGAAGCGACUAGCAUUGUGGCCGAAGAAGGGCAAGUCGAUCUUGAAAAGGAAAGUAACAAGCAUUUUUUUUUGAAGACGCGACAGAUUGUACUGUAUGGUAAGCGUUAAUUUCUUGAGUUGAACACCCGCUUUUUUCAAGUACCCACGUGACAGUUCCAGAGUACAAAAGCAAGACCCUAUUCUUAGGCUUCAAAGUGGUUACAACGACCUGUCCGCACAAGUUUUCUGUCACUUCCGUGGCAAUCCACUGCUAUGGAUACCCGCAUUUCUCCCGACUACGCUAACAUUUAAAAUGACGUCUGACAGGGCAAAUUGGAGUAAAUAUAUGCACAUUAUAACACAAUUUUAUAUCGUACCCAGGAACGAGUAUCCAGACACCAAGAGUGAUUACAUAGCAUAAGGUGACGUGCAUAAAGUGGCAGUUGUUAUGAAAGGUUGAGGGCUUUAAAAUCAGUUCCCAUCCACAGCCUCAUCACCGACUGCAUCUCUUAGAGUUUUGUAAAUCGCAAUCUUGCACCUGAAAGAGUAUCGCGGCGUAUUUUAUUUCAUUUUAUUUUUUAGUGUUCCCAGUGAGUUAAUCUUUGCUCAUAUUACUUACAGGAACGGAACGAAAAAUACAGAAAUAAUGGAGGGAAAUGAAGAUCAUAAUAUGAAAACAAGAGAAGAUGAUUUCAAUGGUGCUGACAGAGGAUAUAGCCGGCGUCGGAGAAGAGGCAUGUCUUUGGCUCCAGAGGAAGCCUGCAAGCUUGGAAUACACAACCUUGGUUACCAAAAUGAAACCUGUGGGCUGGAGAUGAGAACAAUAAACGAAGAAGAGGCCAUUGAGCCUGUCGGUGAAUGCGAUGCAAUUAUCCAUGGUUUCGAAAAACAAAUGUCACCUUUAAGAGAAACAACAUCGCGCAAAAAAGUGAGUUUCUCUGUUCCGGAAAGGAAGGAAAGCCGCAAAUCUGGAAUUUAUUCUGAGACUCUUGACUCAGAGAUGACAGAAUUUUCAGACAAAGAGACGCAAAGAAAACUGAGCUUAUCUGAGCUGGAAGAGAACGGAUCUGAGAAAAAAGAGACGGGAGAUGAAUCCAAUGAUAAAUCGUGUAAAUCUGCGAUUACUGGAGGAUCUGAAAAGAAGAAACCAAAGACGACGAGGGAUUGGUUGAAGACUCCUGGUGUUUACAAGGUUGGCAUCUCUUAAUGUGAUCUAUGGCAUUUUUGUUUUUUAAUUUCUCUUUAAGUCUUAUCGGUAUAUCCCCGUAUGAAAUGACUUGCCUUUAAAGCAGCUGCAAGAUUGACGUGUGGGGAUCACAUCAUUUGUAAAUUUACCGAGUCAAUUAUACCGAAAGGCUAACCUUUGCCAACACCUUAAGGUACCAAAAGUGUGCCGUUUAACAAUAUUUGGUAUCACUAAGUGUCUUGUCAGUUUAGAGCCUUACGCAGUUCACACAAACACUGAGGUAAACAACAAAUUACAUUUUUCUGUCAAAAAUGCAAAGACAUUACAUUAAUUAAAGCGCUGCGCUGGAAUUUCUUAACUCUGGACUACAAAAAGGCUGUAAGGUAUUAGCCCUGUUUAAAACAAAAUCGUGCUAAAAAAUAAAGUCAUUGACAAAUUUACCGAGUUCAUUUCAUUAAUUAGGUUGCCGUUAUCGUCACGUGUUCUCGCCUUGUGCAGGAUGCGGUUUAUGCAUAUUUGCCGUUUUAUUUGACAGAAAGACUGGGCUUUGGGCAGGUAAGACGAAUAAUUUUGCACCCUUUGUUUAAUGUGUUAAAAAGAUGAUCUUCCAUAAAUGGCUCUACCGUUCGCUAUUAUACACCCCAGCCUUAAAAUCUAAAGUGAUAUAGAGAGGAUGUGCGUUCUCCACCACAGUUAUGGAAAACCGUCCCAUAAUCGUAUGACAAAAUUGCAGACGUUUCUGCAUUUAAAUCAAAACUUAAAACGUUUUUAUUUAGGAAAAUUUUUAUUAGCCUUUAUUCUUAACACUAUUUUUCGAAGUACUGAUCUUAAUAAGUGUUUUAUAUACAAAACUGUCUGUUAUAUCGCUGUCAGCUAGGACUAAAGAUCUUUUUAAUUAUUCGAUUCUUAUUCAUGUAAGGCCCAUUGAAGUCCGAAAUGCGCUUAAAGACAACGGUACCUCUAAUGAUAGAAACAUUUCCAUGCGAUAGCAUCCACACCGCUCUGAUAUAUAAAGGAGUUAUUAAUUUUCUCUUCAUUUCAUUUUACUUUGAGCUUUUUGUCGAUUCUUUUGCAGCAAUCCAUUGCCUACUUUCCCCUUGUUCUUCUUGUUAGCGGAGCAAUGGGCAGCACUAUUUCAAAUAAACUCAACUCCAAACUGGGAAACAUGGUAAGCGGCUUCUCCCUCAUUUAAUUUUUUCUAUACAUGUAACAAGUCGAAUAAUUCAACUAAUAAUAAAUUUAAAAUAAGGGAUAACAAAAUAUCUGCAACUUGCACUGCUAAGCGAGGAGAACUCCUUGCCUGACUUUGAUACCUUAUGUAUUUCAUAUCUUUCCUCAGGGAACUUACCUCAUUGGUUCACUUCUCGUGAUUGGUGCAUCUGUAUACUAUUAUUUCCAAAGCACUGACUUGAAACUGUCCACAUAUGCGCCCGUAAUCCUAACAGGCAGCGGCAUGUCCAUCAUGUACGUCAUGGCCCUGACGUUCGCCGCAGAACUCGUCAAAGCAGACAAGGUGCGCCUACGCAAACAUUGUAUGAAAAGAGAAAAAACACCGUAAUUUAAGACAAAGCUAUUUCAUUUUUCAAAAUUUAACCUAAAUACUUAGGUCAAAAUAAUUGAGAUACCACCCGCCUUCUGACUGUUUAAAAGACUGAGAUACUAAAGAAAUUCUGAUGGGUCAAAAUAACUGGAAAACCAACGCGCUUUCUAAGUGGUCGAAAUAACUGACAGACGACACGCGUUCUUAUUAUUGGUCAAAAUAACUUAAAUAUCACAUGCCUUAAUUCACUGGUCAAAAUGACUGAGACACUACAGAUGUUCCAACGUGGUUAACAAACUGAUGAAAAUACUUAGCUCGUUCUGAUUGGAUUAAAAACAAUUUUAUAAUAUAAGAGCCUUGUAGCUAAAAUCAAACUGUAUAAAACCUUUAAUUUUUUUUAGUCCUUCUAGAUGUAGUGUCCCUUUUGAGAUAAAACGUCAAGACGUAAAGGAAAAAGCUAAUUAAAUUUCUGGUUAACCGGAAUACGCAUGAAAGACCGUAAAAGUGGACACGUCUUCACUUUAACUUAGACUUUAUAUCAGAGUGCCACAAUUAACUGAUAAAGAGUCCUCUAUGAUUGAACUAUCAGAUCAAGAGAUCAGGCGCGGCUAUUUAUAAACACAGCCGUCUCCUAAACUUUCAACAUAUAAAGCUACCAGCAGGUUAAACGUAUAUGCGUUUUUUUUAAAAGUAUCUGAAACAGUUGUGCUGUCUUUUACAGGAAACUAGUGGUUCGGCAUUCGCCAUCAUUAUUUUUCUAGGGAGAAUAUCCAGCGGUGGUUUGCUGAUGGCUAUACAAGAGUUUUAUCCAGAAAACGGGUGAGAUUAUUAGUGGAUCUCCAUCCUUAAUUUGGAAAAUCCAUAUUUUUGCGGUCGGGCGAAAAACUUAAUUUAAUUAACUGCCGAUUUCUAGGAACGUUUGUUCUCGGCUGGAUCUUUACUGUUUUCUCUGUUUUGAUGCAGGGAAAGGCUGCAGAUUUCCAUGGUUACGGGUGGCUAGAAUAUACAUGAUUUGGGUGAUUAAAAUGUCCCGCUACCUUGAUGCGUCUUUGUCAUUUCUGAGGAAUAUUCUAAAAGCUGUCCCUUUUUAUUCCUAGUUCGUCAAGCCAAACGCGCGCAAGAAAAAAUGACUGGAGGGCGAUUUUUAGUUAUUUAUAAUUAUUUUAUUUUAUAGCUCUACGUCCAAUUUGAGUGAAAGCGACUACGUGCAGCAUGUAUUUUCUGUAGUUCCCGCUCUAUUGGCGCUUGCUGGCUCGCUGAUGGUUUUAUUCUUCCGUCCACCGUCAUGUCGUACAAAAAGAGGUUGGUACGGUUUCAAAGCUUCCCAUGCAAUUAUGUCUUAUCAUCACCUAAGUUGGUUAAGAUGUAGCUUAAGUCUGUACAAUAGUUUUUAAUAAACACAAUCAAUAUGACAAAAAUCAUCUCUGGACACUGAUUAUGUCAAUGCAGUUUGUAAAUGAAAUUAUGAUCGAAUUUCAUCUCCUUUGCUAGGCCGCCCUGUAUGGAUUGUUUUACAUCAGCAUUUCGUAAACUAAUGCUGUCGUUUGCUUGUGCUAUAGAUAUAUAAUGUUAAGAGGCCGUCUCUUUCAAUUUAACUAGCCUGCCAAAACAGCCGUUUCACCUCGCUCCACGCCGCUUGGGACGUUCCGCCAGAAGAGACUUUCCUGGAGAAACGUCCCAAGCGGCGAGGAUUGGCUGUUUUCAAUUGAUAGCCGGGCUAAAAUAAAUUAACUGGCAUCAAUUUCAGUUAGUGUUGCAUUUCUUUUGCCCAAAUAUACAUUAUGGUUGUAUCUAGAGGGGGCCGAAGGGUAGGCACCCCCUUCACUCUUUUUUUCUAAAAUUACUUGUUCUAUAGAAUUUUAAGUUGAAUUUUUCUUCAAAAAACUUAAUUUAUCACUAUAUGCACUCCGAGUGUUUUCUAAAUUUUCUGGAUCUUACAUCCCUGGCAUUGAUCGUGUACGCAAACGGAACAAGAAGAGCAGUGAGCAGUUCAUGGGGCGUUUCCACUUAUGUCUCCAUGAAACAACCUCUUUAAUAUUCUUAAUUAAUCUAUAAUGCCUCCUAGCUAGAUUAGCUUUUUAGCUAUUUUCCAGGUGGCUUGUACCAUACAUAAGUAGUAGUGUCUGUUUUUUAAUGUCUUUUUUUUCGGUGUGUGGUAUAAAUAAAAUUGCUGUCUUGUCUUGUCUAACAAAUGUGUUCAUUUUAGGAACAUCUAAUUAUCUCUUCAUUGUAAACGGCACACUGCUUGUUUUAUUUGUUUGUUUGUUUGUUUUUCUUGUAGAAUAUUCACUUGAUGAAAAUACUCAAGUUCGUGAUCAAUCAGAAGCGAGUCACAUUCAAUCAUUCAACGUUGUCGUAGAACCUGAGAGAGAUUAGAAGGACGCCGAGUUCCUUUUGGAACAUCUGGACAAAACUGAAGAGAAUCCUAUCCAGCUACCAUUGGCACACUGAAAAUAACAGCCAUUCAAUUUUGGCUUCUUUGCUGGACGACAAGUUCGUUUUUAUACCUCACCAAGGUUCAGUAGAGGACGCGGCUUACUCGAUCGUCUUGCUAAUUUUUCUCAAAACAAUGAAGCGAACUGACUCGGAACCAAUUGCAAGCAUGCUCGAUCGAAAAAGGAAAUCGUUGUAUGAUCAUACUACUGUUUAAUAACGCAGCAAUUAGCGUAGCAUAGUUCAUAAUAGCUUGAAAUUUAAUAAAUUUGUGAAACAACA